CCAUCUUUGCUACGAGCAGCAAACCACAAGAUCACUAUGGCGACCAAGAGACCAGCAAGUGAGAUGGAACAGUCUACAUCCUCUUCAACACCUCCAACGAAGAAGACAUUAUUUGACCCUGUGCAGUUGGGAUCUGUAUCAUCCCAGGAAGAAAUGGACAUCAAAGUAUUGAAAUUUCAAAACAAGAAACUUGCAGAUCGGUUAGAAUUGCGAAAAACUGUGGAGGAAGAUUUAAGAGAUCGAAUUCAGAGAUUAGAACGGAGACAAGGAAAUGAUGAAGCAGUGUUAUGUUUACUCAAUAGAUAUUGGUCUCAGCUUGAUGAAGACAUUGGUGUGCUACUCAAAAGGUUUGAUGACCACAGUCAGGAGGUCACGUCAGAGACAACAGAGGAGAAAUUAAAUAUUGAAGGAGAGUCAAACUCUGAGAAAACAGAAAAUGAAAUUGAGUCAAGUGCCAGUGAUGAGGAAAGUAAAGACAAACUAACAAAAGAAAAUGAAGCUGUAGUAUCAUUUAUAACGCUGUUGUCUAGUAGCGAAUCUGAUGAAAUUGAACAGCAGUUGCAGCAGAGGUCAACUUUCUCCAAAGAAUCAAUAGCCAAGCUUAUUAAAGUUUUUGAUGAUGUUCAACAAAAAAACGAACAAUUAUCGGUAUCAAUACAAAAUAAUGAAUUACUAGAUUCUUCAGUGAAAUCAAUCAAUUUAGAUUUGCAAACAGAAAAUAAAGGCUUGCGGUCGUUAGUAACAUCACUACAAGAAAAACAUCAUACAUCUUCAUUAACGUUUGCUGAACAAACAGAUAAAUUACACGCAGCAGACACCAAGUGUGCAGAGCUGAUUAACCAGGUGGAUAAUUUACAGUAUGAUUUGGACAAAGCACACCAGAGAGCAGAUAAGCUAGAAAAUCUACUGAGUGAAGCUUUGUCAAAACUAAAAAUGUACAAAGAUGCAGAGAGCAGCGGCGCUGGCGGUGUUUCUGUGUCUCAGGGCAAGCUUGAAGAGAUGAAUUCUCAGUUGAAUGUGCAGACAGAGCUAGCGUCUAACAGACUAGCAGAACUAGAGAAAGUACAAGACAAAUAUCAAGAGAGCAUUAAGGAAGCAGAAAAACUCAAAAUGGAUUUACAGCAUAUUCCUGAAGAGGUGAUCAUGGAGACCCCAGAGUACAAAAAUCUACAGUCUCAGUUUUCAGUGCUUUAUAAUGAGGCUCUGCAAAUGAAAGCUCAAUUAGACGAUACAAGGACUUUACUGCAAUCAACCAAGAACUCACAUCUUAGACAAGUGGAACAGAUGGAGAGUGAUGAACUAUCGUGUCAAAAGAAAUUGAGAACCGAAGUGAUACAGCUGGAAGAUACCCUGGCACAAGUACGGAAAGAGUAUGAAAUGUUGAGGAUCGAAUUUGAACAGACAAUAGCAGCCAAUGAGCAGGCAGGUCCUAUCAAUCGUGAAAUGCGGCACGUUAUUACCAGUCUUCAGACGCAUAAUCAACAGUUGAAAGCUGAAGUGGUUCGGUACAAGAAGAAACUUAGAGAGGCUAAUGCUGAGAUACAUAAGUUGAGAAUGGAAGCAGCUGCCAAUGAGAAGAGAGAUGCAUCACAUGACAAGGAACAUCCAAUGGCCAGAAAAGAUGCUGGAACACACCAUGUAGACGAUAAAAGAAAUUUUAAGGAGAAAGACAAAGAGGGUGGCGACAAAGAGAAGCGAGAUGAGAAAGAUAAAGUUGACAAGAAAAGUUCCAAUGAAAAAUCACAAGAGAGUCAAAGGGAAAUGAAGUUACUUCUAGACAUGUACAAGGGUGUAGCAAAAGAACAACGGGACAAAGUGCAACUCAUGGCAGCUGAAAAGAAAGCUAGGGACAGUGUGGAAGAAAUAAAACAACGACUGAGGCACAUGGAGGAGAGAGAACGACAGGAGAGUAAAAAAUUAGCUGAUGAAGAAGCUAUACGAAAAAUCCGAAAUUUAGAAGAGCACAUUCAAGAAUUACAAAAGAAACUUACAGCAACUAAACAGGAAGAAGAGGCAUUAUUAUCUGAGAUGGACGUUACAGGUCAAGCAUUUGAAGACAUGCAAGAACAAAAUGUUAGACUUUUACAGCAACUUAGAGAGAAAGAUGACGCCUAUUUCAAACUUAUGUCAGAGCGUAUAAAGUCAAACCAGAUACACAAACUUCUUCGAGAAGAAAAGGACGUCUUAGCUGACCAAGUAACGACACUUCAGACACAAGUGGAAGCUCAGAAUCAAGUAGUGAGAAAAUUGGAAGAAAAAGAACGAAUAUUGCAUAACAGUGUAACAACUAUGGAAAAAGAAAUGAAUCUUAGACAACAAGCAUUAGAACAUAACAAAAGAAAGGCUUUGGAGUUAUCGCAAACAGGAACAGAUUCAAAGAAACUUUUGGAUAGGUAUCAGAACCAAGUUGUUACAUUACAAGCUAAAGUUGUAGAUAAAGCAAGUGAAGUUGAACAACAAGCACAUAAAUACAAGAGAUGUCAGGAAGAAAUAGAAAAUUUGAGAAGGAAGCUUGAAAGAGCACGACGAAUAGAAUUAGCUGGCAGUGCUGAUGAGAUAUUACUUGAAGAAAACAAAACUUAUAAGACUCAACUCACAUGUCCAUGUUGUAAUGUGAAACGAAAAGACACUGUAUUGACCAAAUGUUUUCAUCUCUUCUGUUCUGAGUGCAUUAAAACAAGAUAUGAGACGCGGCAGCGGAAAUGUCCGGAAUGUAACGCUGCGUUUGGUGCUAACGGGUAUCACAGGAUCUAUCUUGGCUAGUUCUCGUCUCCGCAUGCUAGAUCUUUUAUUUUUUAAUUAUAAAUUGUUUUAAAGACAGAUGCCUUAACAUUUUACUUUCUUAUUACUGAAAGAUACAACUCCCAUUAUGCAGUGUCAUAGCAUGUAGUAUUUAU